CCAUACCUGCGCGGUUUGUUUGGUUCCAGCAGAGCCGUUAUCUGGCGAGCUUUACUGAACGUAAUGAUGAAAAAGGCGGGGCUGCAGGUCCUGUCUCUGCGUCUCGGGGAACGCAAACGUCUGACCAACCUGUGCGUGCUGGAGCUCUUCCGAGAGUCCGUGCGAAGCGUCAUGAUCAUGUGGCGUGUGUGCCGCAUCUUCAUGUCACGCUCCAACUACUCCAUGCACCUCAACAUCCUGGAGAACCUCAACACCCAGCUCGCAGGAGUGGGCAAAAACCUUGUGUUUGAUCUGAACCACUUCAAAAUCAAAAAGAACCACAUUCCUCUGAAGCUGGUGGAGAUCAUGGGCAAGCACCCGGAGCAUCGGUCAGAGCAGGAGGUGUUGCUGCUUCUCAGCCUGUUGAUCACCAUCGACGGUUUCCGCCGCUACAGUCCUACCCUGCAGCUGCUGCUGUCCCGCGUUGUCCGCUACCAGAGGUUGGAGAGGCGUAGGGUGGUGGUAAAGAAGGGGGACCUUGGAUUCAGCUUCUACUUUGUGUUUUCUGGUCAAGUGGCUGUGACCAAAGACAAGGAUGGCAACAGCGCCUUCGUGGACAAGGAGCCCAUCCUCAUUAAAAAGGGAAUGGGCUUCGGGGACGUGGCCCUGAUCAAGGGGCUGAGGAGGAACGCGACGGUCGUGUGUAUGGAGGAGACCGAGCUGAUGGUCAUCGACAAGGAGGACUUCUUCGCCAACAAGAUGGACGUGGAAUUAAAACGCGAGUUUGAGUACCGCUUCAACUCCUUCAGGUCCCUGGAGCUUGUGUCAUCCUUCUCGUCCCCCCUGAUUGAACGCUUGGCAGACCACUCCAAAGCAGAGCUGUUCCGACAUGGACGCAUCGUCGUCAAGGACACCAACGACAUGGGCAACCUCAUCUUUGUUGCGCGGGGUCUGUGUGACGUUCUUAGAAAGGUGGACCUGACAAAGUGCAAGACAUACCAGCGUCUGCUUAAAAAACAUCAGAGUGCAGAGAGCAGUGUGAAGACUGUGUCGCCACGGCAGCCAGAGGGUGUCUCAUCAGAGAAGACCAGCACACACACACACAGAGGGUCUCCCACACCAGUGAAAGGCCCACCCGUUGACCUCCCCACCUCCGCUUGGUUCCUGAUUGACAGCCUGCCACAGGGCAGCACUUUUGGUCUGAAUGAGUACCUGAUCCCACACAGACAGAGGGACAGCCGAAGCCUGACGCUGGUCAGUCGGAGCGUUGAGAUUCUCAGAGUGGACAAGACCUGCUUUGAUGAGCUGGUCGAUGAUGAAACCCUGAAGAAACUGAAGGACAUACAGAAGACCUAUCCCAGCGACGAGGAGCUCUGCACCGUGCUGCUGCGGCACCAGGGAUGGGAGAGGUUUAAGGUUGCUGUGACGAUGGACGUGUUGGCCUACUGCCCGCAGCGUGACCGUGGCGCCAUGCCCACCUCCUGCGGCAUCAGAGCCAACCACAAACCCCCCGCUGGCCAGUCCACCCCCGGCGGGAGACCCACCUGAGCUCACACACACCAUGCCCAGGGGCAAACACACAGCCGCGGGGCAGAAUGCUGCAGAGGAUGCUUGCUUGGUCCCCUGCAUAUCCUUGGAAUGUAUCGCUCAUCUAUAGUGGAAAAUGCUUUUAUUAAAAAGUAGCAUUCAGCAUUCUAUAUGA